AUGGAAAGCCAAACAACCCUACUCUUCCUUCUCUUACUAGGCUCCCUGCUAUCGUACGCCCAUGGUGAAGACCUUUUCUCAUGCCUAUCAGAUGGGGGUGUAACUAACAUCACCACCUCUUACACCCCAGACUACUUGCAUCUCCUUGUUGCCUCUAACCAAAACCUCAGAUUCACAAAGCCAAAUGUCAAUAAACCCAUUGCUGUUGUAUUACCUGAAAAUAAAAAUCAGGUGGGGACGGCAAUCCAAUGCUCGAGGAAGUGGUCGUGUGAGAUCAGGUUAAGAAGUGGGGGCCACAGCUAUGAGGGCUUAUCGUCCAUCGCUGAUGGCCCAUUUGUGAUCAUAGACCUUAUGAACCUGAACCAGGUAUCGGUGCACUUGGAGUCCGAGACCGCUUGGGUCGAAGGUGGUGCAACAUUAGGGGAAGUGUACCAUGCAAUUGCAAUGUCAAGCAAGCAUCAUGGCUUCUCAGCUGGCUUGUGUUCUACUGUUGGUAGUGGGGGCCACUUCAGCGGAGGUGGCUAUGGUGCAUUAGUUCGCAAGUAUGGGCUAGCAGCUGACAAUGUGGUUGAUGUGAUCUUGGUCGACUCGAACGGGGAUUUGUUGGAUCGUGAGUCGAUGGGUGAGGAAGUUUUCUGGGCCAUCAGAGGCGGCGGAGGCGGUAAUUGGGGUGCAGUUGUCGGAUGGAAAAUCAGACUACUUCGUGUACCCGGAACUGUCACGGUGUUCUUAAUCAGAAAAUCCGUUACAACCAGUCAAGGUGCCCGAUUGUGGCACAAAUGGCAGCUGGUUGCACCUGAAUUAGACGACGAUUUCUUCUUACAAGUAGUCAUCAACCCACAAACAUCCAACAGGACCAACACAAUAUCAUUCACUUUCAUGGGCUCCUACCUUGGGCCCACAGCUUCAGCUCUUGCUACCAUAAAUAAGGCAUUUCCUGAGCUGGGUGUGACCAUGCAAGACUGCAAAGAAAUGUCCUGGGUGGAAGGCAUCAUUUACGUAAGGGCUGACCCUAACGUGAACACGGUGGCAGACUUAAAGAGAAGGUUUUCGUACCAAAAGGCAUUCUCUAAGUCAAAAGCUGACUAUGUGAGGUCCCCAAUACCAGUGGCUGGAUUGGAAGGAGCUUUGGAUAUGUUGGCAAAACAGUCCAAGGCAUCUCUGAUUUUAGACCCAUAUGGUGGAAUCAAUAAUAGGAUAAGGAGUGAUGCAAUAGCUUUCCCACAUAGGGUAGGAAACCUCUAUGCUAUUGAGUAUUUCGUGGAUUGGGAAGAGGAGGAUGGGAGGAGUAGUGAGUAUUUGGAUGGGAUCAGAAAGCUUUACGAGUACAUGGGCCCGUUUGUUUCCGUUGGUCCCAGGGCUUUGUACGUUAACAACGUUGAUCUUGAUCUUGGUGUGAUCGACUGGUCGGAUUGCAACAUGCAUGGGUUUAAAGCUGUGGAGGUUGCAAGGGCUUGGGGUGAGAAAUAUUUCUUGGGAAACUAUGAUCGGCUGGUGCGAGCAAAGACGUCGAUUGAUCCAAACAACGUUUUCAGGCAUCCACAGAGUAUUCCUCCCUUGGCUUAUAGAGAAGGACGUGUGUAUUGUCCGUAGAUGAGAUGCAUGUGUGUG